ACACACAGAGUAUUUGCUUUAUUUAUUUACUAUGGUUAUUAUUUUACUGUGCAUUUGUUUACUGUAGGCUCUGUUGAUGAUGUGCUUGGCUAAACAGGGGCAACUCAUCUUCAAUCUGUCUCCUUGUUAUAUUAAUAAAGACAUAAGCGUGCAUGUCUGUGUGAACAAAUUGUACUGAAUUAAGACCUACAAGCUACACAAUCUCAAAAUAUCAGAUCCCAUAUCAGAAAAAACAAAAACAAAUAACAGAAAUAUAUGUCCACACCACCAGCUCUUUACAACAAACAACAAACUAUUCUACAAUCAGCACUCUUUUGGUUUGCAGUGGGACGCAAGGUACGCAUUAAUGUCAUAAAAGGAAUAUUUCAUUUACCAUGUAAACACAAUAUGAAAGGAAUAAAAGAAUUCCGCCUGCACAUAUACAUAACAUUCAGAAUAUUCUAGUAUUCCAAAUACUUCAUACUUGUGCUAUGUAAACGUACUGAGUGAUUCUUUUUUCCUUAUUUUUUUUAAAUACUCAGCUACUCUUAAGCAUGUACAAGGCUAAAGGGAUUAAAUGAAACUGCCCUCUUUCAUUUCUAAAAUAUCAGAAAGGCAUGUUUUUAAGAGCCUGAGUUGGGUUAUUUCAGCAUAAUCAGCUCAGACCUUGGUGUGGCACUGUACACAUGGCUAGGAUUAAACACUUCAUUGGAAGAGACAGGUCUAAGAGGCAUUUUGUAGUCUCAUAAAACUGCAUACAGUUUGCAUCUUUGAUAAUGUGCUUCAAGUUUGAAAGUACUGGAUGGGAUUCUUCUUGAAAAUGUGGUCCAGCUUUUGAUUCUUUUCAUCUGAUGAUAGUUUUAUCUUUUUUCUCCUAGUUUUCUUUUUUCUUUUUAAGGAAGGAUGGAACUUGGCGAGGCAAAGCUCUUAAGGAAUGGUCUUAAUGCUUUAAAUCAAGCUAUUCACCCUGUUCAUGGCAUUGCCUGGACGGAUGGCAGGCAGGUAGGACUAACAGCCAUGUACUUUGUCAAUGGGGAGCCUAAGUUUGGUGAUGCCAAUGUCAUUGGGCAAUUCGAACACGUUGUUGGACUAUUUUGGGGACCUGCCUGCUGCACAGACUCCCCAGCCCUUCUUGCUGUCCAGCACAAGAAGCAUGUUAUUGUGUGGCAGCUCCAGCUCAGCACUCAGGAGCAGAACAAACUCCUGUGCACGCAGACGUGUGAAAUAGGAGAGCCUUUUCCUGUGCUCUCCCAGGGUUGCGUGUGGCACCCCAAAAAGGAUGUCCUUGCAGUAGUGACAAAAAGGGAUGCAUCAGUCUUAUUUACUGUCAGGACGGACAAUCGCAGGGUGAAAGCAGACAUAAAAACUAGUGGACAGAUACACUGUGCAUGCUGGACAAAAGACGGCACGCGACUGGUAGUUGCUAUAGGGAGUGCUCUCCACUCGUACAUUUGGAAUGAUAUUCAGAAGAGUCUCAGCGCCUGUUCUUUUUGUCCGAUAUUUGACGUUGGAGGAUACAUCUGUGCUAUAGAGUCUACAAUGGAUGCCCAAGUUGUUGUUGCGACCGAGCUACCUUUAGAUAAGAUUUGUGGUCUCAAUGCUGGAAUUGCUUUUGAUAUCCCAACCGGUACAGAAACAGGGUCUUUACCAUCUCAGUCUUCAGUACUGGGUGUGGAUGAAGACAGAUUAUUUGAUUUAAGAAGACAGUCUAUUGACUCUGAAAGAUCCCUGGCUGUAAAUUCAAUAGCUUCCUCUAUAUCAUCUGGCCCUCUGGACAUAACUCAUAUCCUUGCAAACCACAGGAAGUCUGAUCCUAAUCCGCUCAUUCACUUGAAGCGCAGAGACCACGUUACUGGAACUGGCCAGGACUCUUCGCACCUGAUCUUGGUGACGUUUGAAAGAAAGGUGACCACCACAAGAAAAGUAAGCAUCCCUGGUAUUCUGGUCCCUGACAUAAUCGCCUUUGAUUCUAAAGCCCAUACUGUGGCAGUGGCCUCCAAUAUGUGCAACAUGGUGCUAGUCUACAGUGUGACCUCCUCUGCCAUGCCCAAUAUACAGCAGAUCCAACUUCAGAAAAACGAGAGGCCUAAGGGGGUUUGCUUCUUGAAUGACAAAAUGCUGUUGCUUCUAGUUGGGAAGCAGAAGUCAAACGACCCUGCUUUCCUCCCAUCCUCAAACACAGACAAGUACAUCAUCAGACUAAUGACCAAAGAACUAAUUUACGACAAAGAAUCUUGUUCCUCGACAGGAUCUGCUCAAUCUCUACAAUCCGUCUUCGACUCAGGGGUCAGCAUCCCAGGCAUUAUGAAGUACUUUGAAAACCUGUCUAAGGAAGAUCAGGCGAUGGGGAAAGAGCUACUGCUGCCAGGAAAUACUGCCAUCCAGCCUCCCAGCAGCAGGAGAAAGCUCAUCGAAGAAGUCAAGAGUGAGGAGAGCCCAGCGACAGACCUUACAGACAAAAUAAUCGCCAGUGAACAUUUCGAUGCAGAGCCUGUAAACCGGUCAACAGGUCUGAAUAUGAUGGGGAUGUUUUGCGGGGAACCCAGCAGGCCAAGCUCUCCUCGAUUAGAGGCAGAAAGACUCAAUUGUGUGCCAACCAUCCCAACGAGUAACAGCAUGCCAAAGGACAAAAAUGUGGAGCAGCUGUCGUACAACCUGGAACGGUUGUUCGUCAGGUUUUUAGAGGUACAGCAGUGCCUCUCGGAAAUCACAGACUUCACUCGAAAUGGAAAGAAAUCCUCUGGAGACUACCCAGCAUCUUCUGAGCCCCACUUUAUUAACAUCACUUGUCAUAAGCAGCUUUCUGAAAAUGUAUUCAUCGAUGAGAGAAGGCCUGUGCUGCUGUGUGAAGGCAAGCUGUCCCUGCGAGUGGUCCAAUUGCUGUUUAAUCUCUCAGUUGUGGAAAUGUCACAUGGCGCUCUCUGGAUAGUUCUGGUUGCUGAUGGUGAAGGCUUUGUUCCGUUAACGUUCAAACCGAAGGAUGAAAUAACAGUUAGAGAUGGGAGGGUGAAAACUGUCUCGCUGCCUUCCUACAGUGCCAAGAUGUCACAGUCAGAAUCUCCACACUUAAAUGUUGUUCAACAGCAACCUUUUUACUACAGAAAAGAUGGAGUGUACAGUGUGCUCACCCGCAGCAUGUAA